CUUGUUAGAAAUAUUUAGAUGAUUUACACAAUUCACGAUUACAUAUAGUUUUUUAUUCAAUAGUUUAAUGCAACAUAUAUAUCGCAAUACCUUAAUUACUAUAGAUUGACGCAAGAUUCAUCGUUGAAAUAACCUUGAAACUCUACACGAGUAUCGUGAACCAAUCCUUAAUUUUUUUUCACACACGUUUAUAGUUAUUGAUUUAUAUUUUUUUAAAAAGAUAAUUUGAAAUCCUUUUGCCUGAAAACAUUAACAAUUUUACGUAUCUCGCAGGUCUGCCUUGUCGACUCAGAGUUCAAUUCCGAGAUCAAUUCCAUUUUUGAAAAGUUGUUUAUGCAAGUACAAGUUACGAAAAUUUCACAUAGUUUUCCUCCGUUCUGACGUCAUGUUCAACAAGAGAGCUGACGUGUUUUAAACUCUUAAACAACGCUCGUGGAUGUAGGAAGUCGGUAUCUCUGUGUGUGCGUGCGUGUGAAAAAGAGAUAAAAUGAUUUGCUCACGAUGCGAUCGCGUACAGUGCCAAGGCUAUUAGCUCUCGUCUGGAUGUUAUAUAAAUAUUCAUAACGAUAAAGAGAGGAUUAUUUUUUUACUUGUACUGGAAACGCCGCUAUUUAAUCUCUUAUAAUUCUUAUUUCUACGAAACAAAAAUUAUAAUAUACGAGCAAAAUCAGUCCCAUAUAUACUACAAUUUAUUGAUAAACUAUAAAGAUCAGAGGUUAUUCUAAAUUAUGUAUGUUUAACUGUGAUAAAAAAAAUAAUCGCCAUCAUCUCAUACACACUAUAUUCGAUUACGUGAGUUAAAUAGUUGACUAAAGAUCAAGAAUAAAAUUAAGCAAAAACUCCAACUUGUUUUUCGAUAAUAAUUUGUGAGCGAUAUAAAAAUAAAUUACGGGACGUCCCGUAAAUUAUAAUUAACUCGGUCAUUAUAUGCGUGAAGCGGCGUGAAGUCAACGUUAAUGCAAUGACAAGUACGCAACGUGGAUAUCCCCGACCGCUUGCAACGCGCGUCUCUUAAUGGUAUUUUUCCUAUAUAAGGAAACAAGUUGAAAGCAGAUAAGAGUGGACGAUCAUAUAAAUCGAAAAGCAGCUCGCUAAAGUCUGUCAUUUGACUGUUGUUUUGGGUAUCAUUUAGAACGCUCCCAUUUUAUCUUUACUUUCUUGAACUUGGAUUACGGCGACGCGCAAGGAUACAAUCAUGAAAUAUAUUUUUGCAAUUGUGCAAGUAUUGACCCUGGUUUGGUGGGUCGCCUUGGCAUUUCCGCAAAGAGACCCGACGAACAACAUUGGCGACGACUCCAUCAUAUUUGAUAAUAGCGAACCGAGCAGCACCGUUAGCACCGCUAGCACCACCAGCACCACGCCGGGUAGCACCAUGCAAGGCACAACGACUGGUUGUCCAUGUGCCGCGACUGCUGAAUACAAUCCGGUAUGCGGCACCGAUAACGUUACUUAUUGGAAUAUGGGAAGAUUUAAUUGCGCAAAAAAAUGUAAUCCACGACUUGAAAUCAGAAUACUUCGAUCUUGCGAACCAUAUAUCCAGCAGAGCAGUAAUUGAACGCCACAUAGUCUUUCGUCGCUUUUAUUACACGACAAAUACGACAUACGGAUUUUUUGUUUUCACACAAAGUUUGAAAAUUAGCAUGUAGCAAAUGUAUUCGUACUAUUAUAUUGGGAAAUUCCGGUACAUAUACUUAUGCGGAAUGUGUAUAGAACUGCUAGUCGGCAACCGGUUCUAUAAAAG